UCCCCGGGCCGGCUAUAGUUCCAGGGCGCGGCAAAAGAUGGCAGGGUAGGCGGCCGUCAUCGUCUGCUAGUGUGACAGGCAGGCCAGCAUGUCCCCUCGCCCCUAGAGUGCCUCCCCAGCAGCCCAGAGUGACAAGAUUAGCGUGCAGCUGCGGCUAGGCGGGCCCGGGACAGGAGGUGCAGCGUUUUCUCGGGACCCGACCAUGAGCGACCAUGACGUGGACGAUAUUGCCUUCCUCACAGGGUCACCCAAUGAGAGCGGCUUCAUGGUCAAUAAACGGGCCAUGUAUGAGCCGGGGGCGGUCAUGGUGUGUUCCCAGAAGCGGGCAUGCUGUGUUGUCUCCAUGGGAUUUGUUGCAAUCAUCGCCAUUGCUCUCAUUGUUGCAUUCACCAAGCCAGGCUGCCCAGAGGCCACCUACACAGGGGAGCCGGUAGCAGGAUUCAGCAACCGGCCGACCAGUUCGCCUCCAACCACACCCCCGACAGCCACCAAUGGAGAGGAGUUCCCUUGGGCGGACGUACGGUUACCCUUCCAUGUCAAGCCACUGCACUAUAACAUCACUCUCCAUCCCAACCUCACCACCAGGCAUGUUGAUGGUCAUGUAACCAUCAAGCUCACAGCCAUUGAGGAAACCACAGCGAUCAUUAUCCAUGGCCAUGACCUCAAUGUUACUGACUACACUCUGCAUAAAAAAUAUGGGAAGCCCAUUGAUAUCCACAAAUUCCUCAUCUAUCCAACUCACCAGCAGCUGUACCUUGGCCUGUCAGAGACCCUGAGGAGAGGGAGCAACUACACCUUGAGGAUGAGCUUCAAGACUACACUGAGGGAGGGACUCGAGGGCUUUUACCUCUCCUCCUAUAUCACUGCUGAGGGGGACAGAAGAUACCUUGCAACAACCCACUUUGAGCCAACUUCAGCACGGGCAGCCUUCCCCUGCUUUGACGAGCCACACAUGAAAGCACAGUUUCUUGUCAGCAUUUACAGGGAUCCUCAGCACAUCACACUGUUCAACAUGCCGCUUCAGAACACUGUGCCUGUUGAGGGGACAGACAUAGUAAUUGACGAGUUUGAGGUGAGUAAGGUCAUGAGCACCUACCUUGUGGCCUUUGUGGUGUGUGACUUUAAGUCUGUGAAGAACAUGACACGCUACAAAAUCCCACUGUCUGUGUUCGCGCCACCCACCAUGAUUAACCAGGCUGACUACGCCCUCCAAGUGGCCUCACACAUCUUUGACUUCUAUCAGGACUUUUUCGGCGUCGAGUAUCCUCUCCCCAAGCAAGACCUGAUAGCUAUCCCAGACUUUGGUGCCGGUGCCAUGGAGAACUGGGGCCUCAUCACCUAUCGGGAGACAGCACUCAUGUAUGAUCGCAACCAUUCGUCGUCUCGUGCCCAGCAACGGGUGGCAGUGGUCAUUGCACACGAAUUGGCUCACCAGUGGUUUGGCAACCUGGUCACGAUGUCCUGGUGGAGUGAUUUGUGGCUGAAUGAAGGGUUUGCCAGCUUCAUGGAGAACAUUGGUACCAAGGCUGCAGAGCCAGGCUGGGCCAUGGAUGAGCAGUUUUUGGUGGACAAAAUGCAGCCAGCCUUGGCCCUUGAUGCCCUGCUGGCCUCACACCCCAUCUCUACGCCUGUCAACGAUCCAGCACAGAUUGAGUCUAUCUUUGACACCAUCUCGUACAAAAAAGGAGCCUCCAUCCUGAGCAUGCUGGAGUCAUUCAUUGGCCGCAAGAUGCUGAAGGCAGGUCUUCGACUCUACCUUAGAGAGAACGAGUUUGGGAAUGCUGCAACAGAUGACUUGUGGACAGCCCUCACCAAGAUCACACAAAAUAAUAAUAAUCCACUAGACAUCAAGGGCAUCAUGGACACCUGGACACUUCAGGCUGGCUUCCCUCUCAUCCAAGUCACCCUGCAAGAUGGUCACGUCACAGCCACUCAGGCACGCUUAAGGUGUGAGGAGAAUGUCACAGAUCCUAAUGAGCCCUUCAACACCACUUUGGGUUACCGGUGGCAUGUGCCACUCACCUACAUCACCAAUGAACAGCCAGAUGAAUAUUCCAUGUACUGGAUGAACCUCACAGAUGUGGAAUUCGAUAUUGGGAAGGACGUAAAGUGGGUCAAGUUCAAUGUGGGGCAACGAGGGUUCUUCAGAGUGAGCUAUGACCCAACGAGCUGGGCGACUCUCAUCAAUCUGCUGCAUACUAAUCACACCGCCCUCCCCUCGGCUGACCGAGCAAACCUGAUAGAUGACGUUUUCACCCUUGUCAAGUAAGUACUAUACAAGAGG